GCUGUGACUUUCCUCCGGAUAUCAUGGAUUUUUAUCGCGUUCGUGUUGCUUUCUGUUAGUUAGAGGACCUUUUUCCAUCACUUUUCACCGCCACAGAGUCGUAGUGUUUUUGCACAAAGUAGAUAAAUAAACGUGUUGACGCACAGGGCAGACUUGGAAGCACCGGCGAGAGGUGUACAUAAUUCGGAAAAACGCCUUUCCGCCCUGCGUUUGAUCCUAGAGUUGCCCACUAAUUUGACGGACGAUGUGUGCGGUUCCCUAAUACCCCGGUGGUGGCUUUCACUCUAGCCCUUAAUCCCAUUCCGCCUCCCAUGGGACUGUGUCCGGGUGAAAGAAAUGAGGCACGUUGCAGACGCUUAGACCUCUUGGCAGUUUCUGAGUGAAAAUCCGAUUUGGUGAUUUUGAGUGUUGUGUGAAAUUUGGUGGCUCCCACGGGGGAUUUUCCUUAUCUGCAAGCAUUCCUCUGUGCUGAUAGUUUCCGGACACAGCAGAUUGACUUGAAGUUUGAGACUUUAAGAUAUAGCACCGGAAUAGAAUGAAGAGGCGACAACCAGCCAGCCAAGCUUUUCCGCCUCAAUCUAGGAUGCCAUCCAGUGCGGAAUUCAGGCAAAAAUCGACGUAAACUCAUUUUGUUGAGGACACGCUAGAGUUGUCUCAAUGAGCACCUUAAAUGCGUACAGUCAAGGCUUCAGACGACGUUCCAAUGUAUCAAAAAGUUGAGUCCAACGACAGCGGCAAGAUGAGAACAUUCACCAAAAUGUACCUGAUGAUAUGCCUCUCGACGGCCUGCAUAUUCCUGUACCAGUAUCAGUUGUCUCGGGCACGCCUCAUUUCGCAGCCACUCCAUCAGGAGGCGGACGGGCAGAAAGCCAGUGAUUUUGAUGUGUCCACAACGACAAAUCCUCCGGUGGCAAUCUCGGCGAAACCACCGUUUCCACCACUGUACAUAAUCACACCAACUUUCCGGCGACCGGAACAAUUAGCCGAACUCACCCGCCUGGGAUACACACUGAAGCAUGUGCCUAAUUUACUCUGGCUGGUCAUCGAGGACGCCGAACAUGCCACAGUGCUCGUAACGAAGCUCCUGGAGCACAUUGGAGUGCCAUUUGUGCAUUUAGUUGCUGCUAUGCCUGAAAAGUUCCGGAAGAACAAGGUGAAACCUCGUGGCGUUUCUAAUAGAAAUCGUGGCCUCAAAUGGAUUCGUGCUAAUGCAACUGAGGGAGUCUUCUACUUUGCCGAUGAUGACAACACGUACGACGUGACUCUCUUCGAGCAGAUCCGCCACACGAGGAAGGUGUCUAUGUGGCCAGUGGGGCUCAUCACGAAGUUCGGCGUGAGCAGUCCAAUAGUGCGAAAUGGAAGCUUCGCUGGAUUCUAUGACGGCUGGAUUGGAGGCAGGAAGUAUGCUGUGGACAUGGCGGGAUUUGCCGUGAGUGUGAAGUUUCUCUUGAGUCGCCCCAAAGCGGAGAUGCCCUUCAAGCCAGGUUACGAAGAAGAUGGCUUUCUAAAGAGUCUCCAUCCUCUGGAUAAUUCGGAAAUUGAACUCCUCGCUUCCGGAUGUACUGAAAUACUCACGUGGCACACGCAGACGAAGAAGAAUCAACCAGCGCAGCAGCUCGACAUGACAAAGUACAGAGACACCAAUUUGGUGAGGUUGCGAGAAAUUCUUGUGUGAGAUGGGCACUGGAUUCACAACAAGGUUAAACUCACACUCGAUACAUGGACAGACGUGAAAGAAUACUGCGGUAAUCCAAAAAGAUAUUUUGUUGUUUGUUCGGCGGGUUAGAGAGAAUCAAAUAUGAGUGGGAGAAGCUCAAAGCAAAAAAUAGAGUUUGCAUGAGAUAAAUUAGGUGCUAUAUUUUUAUAUCGUACUUAAAGAAACACGAAAAAAAGUGAAAAAUACUUGUAGGUAGGAUGACGAAAAAUUGAUAAGAAUUGAUCCAAAGAGGCGAGAAGAGUCUCCUGAGAGAGAUGGUCAGGAACAUUGUGAGAAAAUUCCGUAGUCGAGUAGGAGAAGAAUCAUUUUGUCCCAGAGAUCGAGAAGACACGGUUGCUGGAGAGUGAUUUGAAUUGAGCCGCAAAGGAGCUGGGUAUCCUCCUUAAUAGGAGAAAAAAGGCUUCUUCGAGCUGUACUGUUGAUUUUCUUUUACUCUAAUGAAAAAUUCAUGAGAACGGAGCGAAAUGGGAACGGACUGGGGUGUCGACCAAUAAUGAGAAAUUUCUGUCCUGCCUUCUGGACAGAAUACUGAACAUUGUGAUUCCAUGUAACACUGGGUAGUUGUAGGACGGCGAGAGUGGGCGGAAAGGAUAAUAUUAAUUUAUUCACUCAGCAGUUAAUGGUGGAUGUCCUGAUGGACGAGUUCACAAAUUAACAUUCCGAGACGAUGACUUUCCUAUUGCCAUGAAUUUAGGUAUAUAUCUAUAGUACCUCUACCGAAUAGCGUUUAAAUACAUACAAUUUAUUUAAUUUAUUACCUCCUAGUGUGACGAUACUUUGAGUAUUGAGCUGAUAUUUUGUGUGUGUGUUUGAGGAAGAAUUGUCCUCGAUUUUCCUCUCAAAGAGAUCCCAAAUGUUAUAGCAAUGCGACCCAAGAGUCACACAAAGAAUCCUUAUCAUUUUGAGAGAAUGUCCUGUGCAGAGAAAUGACUACGUAAACCCUAUCUACCUAAAAUGAUGUGUUCCGAAGGGGUGAAGCACAUAAAAUAUACCAAAUGAUACCACAUACAUAGUAUAGACCUUUUUAAUAAUUCCGAAGAAGAGGGGAAAUGAAAAGAAAAAAUGUAGUAAUUCCUGGAAGAAGAUGGUAAAAUCUAUGAAAUACUACAUACCAUGGAUGGAAUACGAUAAAAUUUAAUAAAUUAGAAGUAAGUGUGAACUGCAACUUGUUCUGGGGGUUUUUUUCCACUGAAAGAGUAUGAAGUUAUAGUAAAACACCUUCACACAAUGUAUUAAAUUUUAAUAAUAAAGAAAUGCUGUGGUUCUCAAUUGCACUCUUUAUAAAUUGUAUUAUUCGACAUAUAAAUAAAUUUAGCUGUAGGUGGAGAAGAUGUGACAAGAGAAUAUCUUCAACAAAGUUGCUACAUUAAACUGAUUUACAGAGAUUCCCGGAAAAUUUCCUUACAUGGAUUUUCCCUAAAGUUUCUUUCCCAUGAGAAAUGAGAUGAUGUAGAAUUCAUAUGGUUGAUAAUAAUUGUGAAAGAUGAAAGUUUCCAGAUAAAUUUGUAAGAUAUUUUAAUGAGAUCAUAUUAAAUCGAGAAGAUUUUCUCGACAUUCACU